AUCCCACAAGGAAAUGGGAGCUCUAGUCAUCAACAGCUACACUGUUGUGUGGCUGCCCUUGGUUACUUAGUUCCCCAGGAAUUACUGAGGAAGAAUAGGAAAAUUGCUUAUUUUGUUGACACUGUAGAGGAAACAGUCCUUGAAAUGAUACAAAUACUGGUCUGUGACUUUACUGGAUCUAGUCUGGCCUUUUUUUUGGUCUCUUACGAAAAUAUUGGUGCAAUGGUGAGAAUUAAGAUUAUGGCAUAGAAGUGCUUCACAGCACAGAUUCAAAUCCCCAGGCGUGGCUUAGUGGCCUAGGCUGACAAAUGAAAGGUUUGCUCUGCCUUGAUUCACAGAAAGAAAUUCUGAAAAAUUUAAUUAACCCCUCAGGCUGUCAGGGCAAAGGAGUUAUAUGCAGUUCCAUGCUGCAUAGAUUGUUAAAAUCCCAUGAGACUACCAGCAGAGGAGGGGUUUAUUGGACACUAUGGCCAGCCCCAAACUUCUAAACUCUUACCUAAAUUCCUUGUAAAAGCAGAAACAGAAACAGGUAUAUCUGUCAUAGUCACUUUCCCCUGCUUUAUCAUAUCUGAGUGUGAUAGCAGACUCCAAGGCAGCAGUGGGAAAGGAAAUUGUAAUGAAAGGAAAUAAUAAUGUAAGCAUAAAUAUUAACCAUUUUCUUCCUCUCUCAAAUGCAGAUUAAUGGUGCUGGAAGGCUAGAACAUCCUUCUGGAGCAGUUUACAAAGGGGAAUUCAGACGUUUCACAGGGCUGGAGCCUGCAAAUUUCCAAAAGUACCUUGGACUGUUCAAUGAAAACAAGUAUGAAGGUGAAGGAGAAUUUUAAGAUGAAAAUGGGUGGAGUGGCACAUUUCAUGGCUCGGCAGCAGCGGGACUGAAGCAGAAGUUGAAAAUGCAGCUGUUUGGUACAGACAGCAACAUGGGUUAAAGGCAACUCUCUGGGCUCAACAGCUGUGACAAGUUUUCAACAGGCAUUGAUUUCUUCAUGUCUUGAUUAAGAAUUACCUCUGAGCAUGCACGGUAAUAGCAGAUAAAAUUAUUUUCUUUUCAGACUGAUCAACUGAAGUCUCUUUAAGUCUUUAAAGAAAUGAAGUUGGGUAGGGUGAAUUC